CUUUGGGCCCCCGCCGCCAGGCCAGGCGUCCUCCGGCCAGGCCCGGAUGUUCCCCAACGCUCCCUACCUGUCCAGCUGCCUGGAGAGCCAGCCCGCCAUCCGCAACCAGGGCUACAGCACGGUCACCUUCGACGGGACACCGGGCUACGGCCACACGGCCUCGCACCAUGCAGCGCAGCUGCCCAGCCACCCCUUCAAGCACGAGGACCCCAUGGGGCAGCAGGGCUCCUUGGGUGAGCAGCAGUACUCCAUGCCACCCCCAGUCUACGGCUGCCACACGCCCACCGACAGCUGUGCCGGCAGCCAGGCGCUGCUGCUGAGGACGCCCUACAGCAGUGACAACUUAUACCAGAUGACCUCCCAGCUCGAGUGCAUGACCUGGAACCAGAUGAACUUGGGGGCCACCUUGAAGGGAGUCGCUGCUGGGAGCACCAGCUCAGUGAGAUGGACGGAAGGGCACAGCAACCACAGUGCGGGGUAUGAGAGCGAGAGCCACACGACGCCCAUCCUGUGCGGUGCCCAGUACCGGAUCCACACGCACGGCGUCUUCCGAGGCAUCCAGGACGUGCGGCGUGUGCCCGGUGUGGCCCCCACACUGGUCCGGUCGGCCUCCGAGAGCACGGAGAAGCGCCCCUUCAUGUGCGCCUACCCCGGCUGCAACAAGAGGUACUUCAAGCUGUCCCACCUGCAGAUGCACAGCCGGAAGCACACGGGUGAGAAACCAUACCAGUGCGACUUCAAGGACUGUGAGCGAAGGUUUUCACGCUCUGACCAGCUCAAAAGGCACCAGAGGAGACACACAGGUGUGAAACCAUUCCAGUGUAAAACUUGUCAGCGAAAGUUCUCCCGGUCCGACCACCUGAAGACCCACACCAGGACUCAUACAGGUAAAACAAGUGAGAAGCCCUUCAGCUGCCGGUGGCCCAGCUGUCAGAAGAAGUUCGCGCGCUCUGACGAGCUCGUCCGCCACCACAACAUGCACCAGAGGAACAUGACCAAGCUGCAGCUGGCGCUCUGAGCUCACAGAUGGUGCUGCUGUGGCGGUCGCUGCUUCCGGCGGGCGCUGAAAUCCCUCCCCUCGUCUCUCUAAGGACUCGGCGCUGACCCGGCUCUAAGGACCUGGACGCUGGAGCCCCCAGGUUUGCCGGAGGAGCUGUCAGCUCUGCCAGCCUUCAGCGACCUGGAGGCCAGGGCAGGGCUGCCAAGUCCAUUCCAGUAGUGAAAUCAGCGCCACCGGUCGGUUUCCGCUGUCAGGAGCGUGUCUGAUAAGGUCCCUCCCCUUUAGGCUCAUUUUCAGUAGGAGUGGGGUGAUCGUACCGUCCCCCCGGAUAGUCCCAGGCAGGGCGUGUGUUCGUGUCUGCUAACGUGAACUUCCUCAUGGUUUCCCCUUACUAACAGGCAGGUGCGGCGAGCGGGUCUCCACCGGCUCCCGGUCAGGCGCUGCCUGGACAGUGUCAGAACUGACCGGUCCCUCCGUAGAACCUGUUGAGACCGCACUGCAGGGUCCACACGGCGCUGUCUGCGCAGGCCCGCAGGAAACUGCUUGCAGGUUGUAGAUUCCGGUUCAGCUUUUUCUUUUGACUUUACUGUCACCAGAGAUGUACAGAAACACACAGAGAAGCGGUGCUCUCUCUCCUCGUUUGGGGUGCCCUUAGGGUGUGCAGACCACACUGGCUGCGUAGCUUCAAGCUGUAAAAAUUUAAGUGACUUUGAAAGAAAACGGGGCUGGUCCAGGGCCCAGCGGCCGAGACUGUUCCGAGCAACUGAAGGGGUAGGGGCUGCACGUCUGGGGAGACUUCCAAGCGCAGGGCGUCGCCGGCUGCCACGGUCGGGGGUGUAAGCGUGUGUGUUUUGUUCUUUAAGGGCAGGAGUUAUUAUUGACUGUUGCUUGAAGAUGUUGUGUAAAUACAGAUCCGGCGAUGAUUCUUCUUGGCUGACUAAAGUAGGAAGUGUGUCGUACUAGGGCCUCAUGGUCAGUAUUGGUCUUACACCGUGCUGACAGUGACCCUGAACUUGUAACCUGCAUUCUCACACUGCUCUGAUUAAAGCCUCUUCAAAAAGCAAGUGGUGGGACUGUCUUGGCCUGUUGUGUUCCCUCCUCGAGCGCUGCGCCACUUCCACAGGUAGGAAAAUGCUCUGAGCACUGUGCCUCCCCUCUCCGGGACUCGGGAGUUGGCUGUCCCGGAAGCCGCAGUGGGUGACCCGUCCCCUCGCCCUGCAGCAGCUGUGCUCAGCUGGUGAGAGCCGGGCUCUGGGAGCAGGAGGGCUGCACAUAGUCCCACAGCUGCAGGUCAGCGCUGCAGUGGACCGGCCCCCAGCCAUGAGGCAGAGUGGCCGGUCCUAGGCUGUGGCUGCUGCGUGGCUCCUCAGUGCACACAGGAGAGGCAAGCGUGCCUCCUGUGAUCUCGGGGCUUGGUGCGUACGCCCGCUUCCUCCUGCAGUCGUGAGCGCACUGAGACCCUUUCCAUGUUGAGGUGGACGCCAGGGUCUCUCCGAAGCCCCGUGUUCUCAUCCGGCCGUGUUCUCAUUGGAGAGACAGGAGGAUCACUGUUAACCACAGUGAGCAAGCGAGCGACUCCUGCUCGACCUUUUCUUUUCCUGCCAGAGCGGCGUCCCCGGAGAAGCACAGGACAAGCUGGGUGCACGGCGUGAGUGGUAGAGCUCUGCAUGGGCUGCUUUAACUCCCGGGAUCCUUGCUCUGCCUCCCCGGCCGCCUGUGGUGGUGAAGUCCUAGGCUUCGGGCAGUCAGGCAGCGGCUUCAACCCCAGGUGUCUGUCUGCUCUUCUCUCCGCCUGUGGUCGGAGUGAGGGUUAAAGGCUUAAACUUGUGCAGACAGCUGGCACUAGCAGAAGCCUAUGAGAAAGCUGCCCGGGAAGACUGCCCCCACACCCCCGAGGUGGAGGCACCUGUGGAGUCCACUGUCCAGUGUGACCACAGGUCCAUCCUGCACCCUGAACUGGAUGGGAGACAUUGGGCUUUCGCCAGCCUCACCCCAGAGCCCAUAUCUGCA